AUGUUCAAGAAAGGGUAUCAUGUUGGGGUUAAAAGUAAUCGUGAAUGGGCUCAGAGUAUAGCUAGCCUUACUGGGGAUACAAUUUCAUGGUACUAUAGAGAACAAGGGGUGGAAGAGGUAAUAUGCCGAUGCGGAGAUUUUCCAAAUGUACCUCUCAUGGGAACGAAGGGAUGUAUUAAUUACAAUCCAAUGGUAGCUCUGAGACAACUUGGCUACCCCAUGUUGGAUAAACCAGAUGACAAGUCAUUGGAAGCUUUUGUUUUUCACAAUACGGGUAUAGUAGAUCCACCAAUGUUAAGAAGGAUAAGUCGAGCUUGGGAAUUGAUCAUUAGAAAAGGAAAGGAACUCGGAUGCAGAAGUUGCAGCACAAAGGUACCUUAUCUACAAUGGGUAAAGAAGAGAGUCCAAGAAAUCAAGUUGCCUUUCCACAAUACAGCCUCAAAUGGUCAGGAAAUGCCUGAACCUAUCCUUGUUGCAAAUGAAGAGAUAGAAGAACUCAAAGCAUCAUUGCUAAAAUCUAAAGAAGAGAAAAAAGAGCUACAAGCAAGGUUAGAAAAAGAUGAAACCAUAUACUGGGAGGAGCGUUUCAUGGUGUUGCUUGGGCAAUUGAAGAACCAAGAGAUUUAUAAAGAAUUGGAAGAUAAAGGCAAGCAUUGGAAAGAUUGCUUUUCGAAAUUGGCAAUGCUAGCUAAUCAGAUAAAAGCUAUUGAGGGGUAUAAUGUUUAUGGCCUUGAAGCUUUCGAUAUGUGUUUGGUUCCUGAUGUGACUAUCCAUCCCAAAUUCAAGGUUCCUGACUUUGAAAAAUACAAGGGCAACACAUGUCCUAAAAAUCAUCUAUGUAUUGCAGAAAAAUCUCAUGCUCAUAACGAUAAACUUCUCAUUCACUUCUUCCAAGACAGUUUGAGUGGGGCAUCGUUAAGUUGGUAUAUGCAUCUUGAGCGAAAUCAAAUUCGUUCAUGGAAGGACCUAGCUGAUGCCUUUUUAAAGCAAUACAGGUACAACGUUGACAUGGCCCCUGAUAGGAUGCAAUUGCAAAAUUCACUGAAAAAGGACAGCGAAGCUUUCAAAGAAUACGCACAACGGUGGAGGGAAAUGGCCUCACAAGUAGAACCCCCAUUAUCUGAAAGAGAAAUGGUUGGUAUGUUUAUGGAUACUCUCCAGUCGCCUUUUUAUGACAAGAUGAUUGGGAGUAUGUCAUCAAACUUUUCUGACCUUGUCAUGAUAGGAGAAAGGAUAGAAAGUGGGAUGAGGAGUGGCAAGAUCGUAUGUGCAGCAACUAGCGUGAAACGACCCCAGACGACAUUCACAAAAAAGAAAGAAGGAGACGCUAACGCUGUAAUGGAGGACAAUCCCAACAUAGGGAGCAAUCCUUUGCCAGGUCACGGGAACGCCUCUGUGAAUUUCAUUGAAGAUGGGAUAGACCAACAUGCAGUAGAUGGUCAUCCAAAUGCAAUAAUUGUCCAAACACCAAUCCCGUUUCCUUAUGGAAAUACCAAGGCAGUACCGUGGAAAUACGAAGUCACAUCCCACUUGGCAGAUCAUCAACCAAAUGAUGGUUGUGAACCUAAAGGAACUGAUGUCACUAACAUCUCAGGGAUUGGUGGAAUGACUCGGAGUGGUCGUAUAUACACUCCGGAACAACUUAGGAGAAAGGAGGUUCAUGGAGAAAAAGGGAAAGAAGAUAUGUAUCAUUCCAUAAAAGGACAAGAGACCAGCGAAAAGACGGUGUCUGAAGAAGAAGCUAAUGAAUUUUUGAAGUUUAUCAAGCAAAGUGAAUAUAAGGUGGUGGAUCAGCUAAAUCAAACCCCUUCCAAGAUAUCAGUUUUCUCCUUGUUAUUAAACUCUGAAGCACAUAGAAGAGCACUAAUGAAAGUUUUAAAUGAAGCCCACGUUACUCACGAUAUCACUGUCGAUCAGUUUGAUGGAGUUGUCGGCAACAUCACUGCUAGUAGUUGCAUGAGUUUUAGCAAUAAUUAAUUACCAGUUGAAGGGACAGAGCAUAAUAAAGCACUACACAUCUCUGUGAGGUGUCACAAUCAUAUUCUUGCACGAGUGCUAGUAGAUAAUGGUUCAUCAUUAAAUGUCAUGCCUAAAUCAACACUGUCAAAACUAUUUGUUGAGGGAGCCUGUUUGAAGCCUAGUGCUUUGGUGGUGAAAGCGUUUGAUGGAUCUAGAAGACAAGUGAUUGGUGAGAUUGACCUGCCAAUUCAAAUCGGACCCCACAUCUUUGGGAUAACCUUCCAAGUAAUGGAUAUUAAACCGGCGUACAGUUGUCUUUUAGGGAGACCAUGGAUUCAUGCUGCUGGAGCAGUGACAUCCACUCUCCAUCAAAAGCUAAAGUUUACAGUGAACAAUAAGCUGGUAAUAAUAUAUGGGGAAGAAGAUAUGAUAGUAAGUCAUUUAUCUUCUACAGGCUACAUUGAAGACACGGAGGAAGCCAUAGAGACUUUCUUUCAAGCAUUAGAAAUUGCCAAUGUUGUCUUCAUGGGUGAAGGAUAUCGUUUAAAAGAACCAAAACAAUCUACCAUAUCAUUGAAGUCUACCAAAUCCAUGUUAGAAGGAGGAGUUUUUCUCAAUUUGGGGAAGUUGAUAGAAAUACCAGAAAAGAACAAUAGGUACGGGUUGGGAUAUGUACCUACUCAAGCUGAUGAAGAAAAGGCUGCGAAGGAAAAAAGAGAAAACAAGGUGACUCGUCGAGAAAACUGGAUACCGAAUUCACAGAAGAUUCCUAUUUGUGACAUUCGUCAAAAUUUUCAAAGCGCCGGAAUAAUAUAUGCUGAUCAGGUGGCUGUUGCGGAAGAGGAUCAUGGUGAUGAUGAUACCCUCAAGCUAGUGUACCCUUGUCCUCCAAACACCAAUCUCAACAAUUGGAAGAUCAUCGAGUUUUAUGUUGAAAAUAGCAGCGCUAGAACCAUUUCUUGUAAUUUUGAACAUCUGAUUAAUCAUGCUGAUGAGGAUUGUGAAGACGAUUGUGAGCUUCCCCCAGAACUAGAAAGCUUAAUUGAACAGGAAGCUAAGAUAAUCCAACCCUAUCAAGAACCUGUUGAGGUGAUCAAUUUAGGGACUGAGCAUGAUAAAAAAGAAGUUAAAGUUGGUAUGUCUAUGAAAGAAAGUGAGCGAGAAAAGUUGGUUAAACUUUUAAUUGAUUAUGUGGAUGUCUUUGCAUGGUCAUAUCAGGAUAUGCCCGGGUUAGAUACUAACAUAGUUGAACACAAGCUACCACUAAAACCUGAAUACACUCCAAUUAAACAGAAGUUGAGAAGGAUGAGACCUGAUAUGUCGCUUAAAAUUAGAGAAGAGGUCAAGAAGCAAUUUGAUGCUGGUUUCUUAGCAGUAGCAAAAUAUCCUCAAUGGGUGGCUAAUAUUGUACCAGUUCCAAAGAAAGAUGGAAAGGUUCGAAUGUGCGUUGAUUAUCGGGAUUUAAAUAAAGCUAGUCCUAAAGAUGAUUUUCCUCUACCUCAUAUUGAUGUCCUAGUGGAUAGCACUGCUCAAUACUCUCUUUUCUCCUUCAUGGAUGGUUUCUCAGGGUACAAUCAAAUCAAGAUGGCUCCCGAAGAUAUGGAAAAAACUACGUUCAUCACACAAUGGGGGACUUUCUGCUAUAAAGUGAUGCCAUUUGGAUUGAAGAAUGCCGGGGCAACCUAUCAAAGAGCAAUGGUAACCUUGUUUCAUGACAUGAUGCAUAAGGAAAUAGAGGUUUACGUGGAUGAUAUGAUCGCAAAAUCUCGAACUGAAGAAGACCAUGUUGUUAACCUUCAAAAGUUAUUUGAGCGACUAAGGAAGUUCAAACUUCGUUUAAACCCUGCUAAAUGCACAUUUGUUGUAAGAUCAGGCAAGUUACUUGGGUUUAUCGUUAGUCAAAAAGGGAUAGAAGUGGACCCAAUUAAAGUAAGAGCAAUACAAGAAAUGUCAGCUCCACGCACGGAAAAAGAAGUCCGCGGCUUUUUGGGUAGAUUGAAAAAGAAGUCCCGGUUUAAAUCGCAUCUCACCGCUACAUGCGAGCCGAUUUUCAAAUUGUUGCGCAAAGACCAAAAGGUUGAAUGGAAUGAGAAUUGUCAAAAAGCUUUCGAAAAGAUUAAGCAGUACUUAUCAAAACCUCUCAUCCUAGUGCCUCCUGUUCCUAGGAAACCACUUAUUUUGUACUUAACAAUAUUUGACGAGUCAAUGGGCUGCGUACUGGGGCAGCAUGAUGAAUCUGGUAGGAAAGAACAUGCUAUUUAUUAUUUGAGCAAAAAGUUCACCAGUUGUGAAACAAGAUAUUCACUGCUUGAACGAACAUGUUGCGCAUUGGCAUGGGCUGCUCGUCGGUUGAGGCAAUACAUGUUAUGUCAUACAACUUGGUUGGUGUCUAAAAUGGACCCAAUUAAGUACAUCUUUGAGAAACCUGCUCUUACUGGAAGGAUCGCCCGUUGGCAGAUGUUGCUAUCAGAAUACGAUUUGGUAUAUGUUACACAAAAAUCUAUUAAAGGAAGCGCACUAGCAGAGUACUUAGCCCAACAACCGGUAGAAGACUAUCAAUCAAUGCAGUGUGAAUUCCCCGAUGAAGACAUAAUGACUUUAGUUGAAGAGAUUGAAUCAUCUGAUAAAGCAAAAUGGAGGUUGGUGUUUGAUGGUGCAUCUAAUGCGUUAGGGCAUGGAAUUGGAGCCAUUUUGAUUUCUCCAGAGAACCAGUUCACUCCAUUUACGGCUAGGUUGUGUUUUGAUUGUACAAACAAUAUUGCAGAAUAUGAAGCAUGUGUUAUGGGAAUUAAAGCAGCUAUUGAAUUAAAUGUAAAAUUUCUUGAGGUAUAUGGAGAUUCAUUGUUGGUCAUCCAUCAAACGAAAGGAGAGUGGGAAACGCGAGAUUCUAAAUUGAUUCUGUAUCACACCCAUAUCAAAGAAUUGACAGAACACUUUGAGAAGAUUACUUUUCACCAUAUCCCUCGAGAAGAAAACCAAUUAGCUGAUGCCUUGGCCACUUUGUCGUCAAUUUUCAAAAUAACCACUAAUCAAGACGUGCCGGUCAUAAAGAUUCAACAAAGAGAUAAACCUGCAUAUUGCUUAUCAAUAGAAGAAGAGUUGGAUGGCAAGUCGUGGUUUUAUGAUAUCAAGUCAUAUGUUAAGAAUAAGGAAUAUCCAUUGGGUAUUUCAGAGAACGACAAAAGGGUUUUAAGGAGAUCGUCAAUGAAUUUCUUCUUAAAUGGCGAUGUGCUUUAUAAGAGAAAUCAUGAUAUGGUUCUCCUCAGAUGUGUGGAUAAAGCAGAAGCGGGGAAAAUUAUCCAAGAGGUUCACGAAGGUUCUUUCGGAACUCAUGCAAAUGGGCACACAAUGGCUAGAAAAAUCUUAAGGGCUGGCUACUACUGGUUGACCAUGGAAUCCGACUGCUUUAGUCACGUAAAGAAAUGUCACAAAUGUCAAAUCUAUGCUGAUAAAAUACAUGUACCACCCACUUCUUUGAAUGUUUUAACAUCACCAUGGCCAUUUUCAAUGUGGGGAAUGGAUGUUAUUGGACUCAUCGAGCCUAAGGCUUCAAAUGGACACCGGUUUAUCCUAGUAGCUAUUGAUUAUUUCACAAAAUGGGUUGAAGCCGCUUCUUAUGCCAAUGUGACGAGAAGUGUGGUUGUCAGAUUCAUCAAAAGAGAAUUGAUUUGUCGAUAUGGAUUGCCAAAUAAGAUAAUCACUGAUAACGCGACUAAUCUGAAUAACAAAAUGAUGAAAGAGUUGUGUGAUAAUUUCAAAAUUCAGCACCAUAAUUCUUCUCCAUAUCGUCCGAAAAUGAAUGGGGCUGUAGAAGCAGCAAAUAAGAAUAUCAAGAAGAUCAUACAGAAGAUGAUGGAGACAUAUAAGGAUUGGAAUGAAAUGCUUCCCUUUGCAUUACAUGGCUAUAGAACCUCUGUUCGUACCUCAACAGGGGCAACUCCUUUCUCAUUGGUGUAUGGAAUGGAAGCGGUACUUCCCAUCGAAGUUGAAAUUCCCUCGAUCAAAGUCCUGAUGGAAACAAAACUAGAAGAGGCAGAAUGGGUUCAAUCACGAUAUGACCAAUUGAAUCUCAUAGAAGAAAAAAGAAUGAUAGCUUUGUGUCCUGGUCAGCUUUAUCAGAAAAGACUCAAAAAAGCCUACGAGAAAAAAGUCUAUCCUCGAGAGUUUCGAGAAGGAGAAUUAGUGUUGAAGAAAAUAUUGCCCAUAAAAAAAGAUUCUCGGGGAAAGUGGACUCCGAACUACGAAGGACCGUAUGUUGUGAAAAAAGAUUUCUCUGGGGGAGCUCUAAUACUCGCAGAAAUGGAUGGAGAUGAGCUUCCACUUCCAGUAAACUCAGAUGCAGUCAAGAAAUAUUAUGCUUAA